GGCUGGAGAGGCGAGGAGCUCAGUGAUUGGCUGCUGCCUCCGCCCUUGCCUCCUCCUCCUCCCGCCCCCCCAGGAGUGGGGAUUGGGGAAGGUUCGCAUUGGGUGCCCCCAGCAGGAGACGUGGAGGGUCUGCCGUGGCUCAGGGGAGGCAAGACGUUGGAGAUACGCCGUGCCCCGUGGGUGUUCCUCUUGAAGAAUCUGUCCGUCAUAACUAUUGUUUUGCUAUGGCCACACGACUGAGACAGGCCAAUAAGAAAUGUACCGUGAUAGGUGGCUCAGGAUUCCUGGGCCAGCACAUGGUGGAGUCUCUGGUGGAGAAAGGCUACUCAGUCAACGUCUUUGAUAUCCAGAAGGGCUUUGAGAACAGCAAGGUGCAGUUCUUCCUGGGCGAUCUCUGCCGCAAAGAGGAUCUGCUCCCAGCUUUACAAGGAGUGGUCAUGGUAUUUCACUGUGCAUCGCCCACCCCUUCCAGCAAUAACAGAGAACUUUUCUACAAGGUCAAUUACUUGGGAACCAAAGUGGUCCUUGAGGCAUGCAGAGAAGCUGGUGUCCAGAAACUGGUUUUGACCAGCAGCGCCAGCGUCGUCUUUGAGGGCACGGACAUCAAGGGUGGAACUGAAGACCUUCCAUAUGCGAAGAAGCCCAUUGACUACUACACAGAGACCAAGAUUCUGCAGGAGAAGGAGGUUCUGAGUGCCAACGCUCCAGAGCGGAAUUUCUUCACCACUGCUAUUCGGCCCCAUGGCAUAUUUGGCCCACGAGACCCCCAGCUGGUCCCCAUCCUGAUCCAGGCAGCAAAACAUGGCAAGAUGAAGUUCAUGAUUGGUGAUGGAAAGAACUUGGUGGAUUUCACCUUUGUGGAAAACGUGGUCCAUGGCCACAUAUUGGCUGCAGAGCAACUUCAGAGGGACUCUCCCCUGUGUGGAAAGGCAUUCCACAUCACAAAUGACGAGCCAAUCCCCUUCUGGGAGUUCUUGUCCCGUAUCCUGACUGGUCUGAACUACGAGGCUCCCAGGUACCGCAUCCCCUAUUGGCUGGCGUACUACCUGGCCCUCCUCCUCUCGCUGGUGGUGCUGCUGCUGAGUCCCUUGGUCGCCCUCAGCCCCACCUUCACGCCCAUGCGGGUGGCGCUGGCCGGAACCUUCCACUACUACAGCUGCGAGCGAGCCAAGAAGCACAUGGGCUACAAGCCGCCGGUCAGCUUGGACGAAGCCGUGGCCAGGACUGUGGAGAGCUACCCCCACCUCCGCCGGGACGCAUAGCCCCCGGAGGCCCAAGAAGGCACCUUGGGAACCGCUGCCACAUCCACGACUUUGGCCUUCUGGUCUCUCGGCGUCCACUCUGGCCUCCUCUGGAGCAUCUCGCAAGCUGCAGUCUGGAAUUAUGAUGCUAUCUCUGCACAUGCAGUUGCCAAUGAGCCACAAUCUCUGAAAUCCUGGGCGCUUGGACUCCCGGACAGGCCCCUAAGCCUGCCCAGCGGCAAUGCUUGUGUGCUUUCCUGCCCCUCUUUUCAAAGGGCAGCGAAGUGAUAUGAAGUAUUAUAUAGGACAGGGGUUCCUGACCCAUGGGACCGGUGUUCCUUGCGACAGGGAUUCCCAGGCGGCGUUGACUACAACUCCCGUGAUCCCCAGCCGAUGGCCACUGCAGCGGAGGAUGCUGGGAAUUGUUGUCAACAACAUCUGGGAAUCCCUGUUUCAGGGAACACUGCGUGGGACUCCGGAAGUUGCUGAACUACAAUGCUCACCAUCCCCAGCCACCGUGAAUGGGGUCUGGGGAUGAUGGGAGUUGUAGUUCAGCAGCAUCUGGAGCCCCACACGUUGAGACCCUCUGCACUAGGACUACGGUAAUGGUCUUGCCCCUCGGCGUCCACUUCUGGCCUUUGCAUGAGCUCUGCUGGUCUGAAAGGGAGUAUCUAUCCGUGUUCCCAGGGAUCGGGAUUCCCAGACAUUGCUGACUGCAGCUCCCCUAAUCUUCAACCAAAGGCUGCUGGGGAUUAUGGGAGCUGUAGUCCACCAGAUCUGGCAGUCCCUGUCCUAGAAAACACCGGUACCUACCCUGUGCCUGCCCAAGCACUCUCUUUUCAGACCUUUGACUGCGAUAUGCAACGGUCAGGCUGGGCCAGGGCUGUUCAGCUUCGGCCCUCCUGCAGAUGUUGGCCUACAACUCCCAUAAUCCCUGGCUAUUGACCACUGUGGCUGGGGAUUAUGCGAGUUGUAGUCCAAAAACAGAGUGGGGGAGGGGCAAAGUUGAGCAGGUCAAGGAGGCACCCUAAUGUGAAUUUCCACUCUCUUCUCUUCACUUUCUCCAUCCUCCCUGCAGAAAAGGAAUGCAUGGGAGGGAAGGAAGGGACCAGAUUCAAGUCUCUAGUCCCGUGGUUCCCAACCAGGGUUCCUCCUGAUGUUGCUGAACUACAUUUCCCAGCAACAAUUGUGGCUGGGGGUCCUGGGAGUUGUUGUUCAGUAAGAUCUGGAAGAACCCUGGUUGGGAACCACUGGAUUCGUGUGUUUUUUUUAAA